ACAUUGGAACCGAGCUAGCAUGCGUGUGCCGACAUUGCGAUUUCAGACGGAAAGGGAAUUAUAAGUAAGCUGUUCAACCUAGGGUUUACGUGUAGAGACUAUAGCACCUCAAUAACUUAAACCUGGGCAAUGCGUGCGACAGAACGCACUAUAUAACGGCGGAGGAAUACAGAAACACCUGCUCACUGUGACCUCGGGGGUGAUUGUAAACAAAGGUGGAUAUUCGUAUAUUGUUGUCCUUCUUUCAGCGAGUGCAUAUGCAGUGCACGCGACGAAUGUUAUGUAAUUAACACAAGCUCUUGAUUGAAUGAUAGUUGGAGCGUCAUUAUAUUGUUACCCAAUUAACCCACACGUCGGAGCACGACAGUCUAAGCAUCGCCAACUCCUGGAGCAUACGACCUCAUAGAAGCCGAAUUACAGCCCAUCUUCAGUGUAUCUGCCGGCUAGGCACUAAAUGAGGUGGUGUCUACCAACAUGGGUGAAGAACAGUUGACAGAGGCAGCCACAAUAUCUGCCUUUUCAAUUGUGGAUACGUCCCGCCUCUCAACAUUUGUCAUCUCCAUACUACUCAUCGUCUAUGGCAGUUUCAGGUCGCUCAACUUAGAGAAGGAAAAUAAAGAAAAGGAAAAGGAAAAAGACAAGAAUGGCUGCUAUGUCAAUCAGCCAAAUGGGGUGGAGGCAGAAAGUCAGAUGCAGACCAUCGACACGUGUCAAGCCAUGUUCCUGCCGCUCGGAGCUUCUGCCUCGCUGCUCAUCAUGUUCCUGUUCUUUGACUCGCUACAGAUGGUGUUUGCCAUAUUUACUGCCAUCCUUGCCACGGUAGCCUUCGCCUUCCUGCUGCUGCCGAUGUGUCAGUACGUCAUCCAGCCCUGCUCAAGUGGACAGAAAAUUUCAUUUGGGUGUUGUGGUCGGUUCACGGCCGCGGAGAUCGUGUCCUUCUGCAUGUCCUUCUUCAUCGUGUGUGUCUGGAUCCUCACCGGGCACUGGCUCCUCAUGGACGCACUGGGGAUGGGUCUGUGCGUGGCGUUCAUCGCCCUGGUGCGGCUACCGAGUCUCAAAGUGUCCACGCUGCUGCUCGUCGGUCUUCUAGUUUAUGAUGUAUUCUGGGUGUUCUUCUCUUCCUAUAUAUUUAGUGCCAAUGUUAUGGUCAAAGUCGCAACCAGACCCGCUGAAAACCCAGUGGGCCUAUUUGCCAAGAAGCUUCACUUAACGGGUCUGGUUCGAGAUGCUCCUAAAUUGUCAUUGCCCGCCAAAUUAGUGUUUCCAAGCACGCAAAAUUCUAGUCAUUUUUCAAUGCUUGGCCUGGGAGACAUUGUGAUGCCGGGCUUGUUGCUGUGUUUUGUUCUUCGAUACGAUGCAUACAAGAAAGCCCAGAUCAGUUCGGCAGAGGCUGGCGUGCCGCCCCCUCCCACUUAUGUGCAGAAGAUCACCUACUUUCACUGCUCCCUUUUAGGAUACUUUUUAGGAUUGUUGACGGCCACUGUGUCCUCGGAGUUAUUUAAGGCUGCCCAGCCGGCUCUGUUAUACCUGGUGCCGUUCACUCUGCUUCCACUACUGUGUAUGGCAUACCUGAAGGGGGACCUGAGAAGGAUGUGGCAUGAACCGUUCAUUGUGUCUGUGCAGCCCAAAAACAUUGAAGUAUAGUGGGAUCACCAGCUAUUCAUAAUACAUAUAUUCAUUAAUGGCAGUCGCCGUCAUACAGGAGGUGACCUUCUAAUGGUACAUUAAAACAAGAAGGAUUGUUAAAGACUGAAAGAAGAUGAGCGACACCUUCAUGUGAUGAAGCUUGCCAAGAGUGGCCAGAAUUCAAAUGGUAGAAAAUGCAAAGGGAGACAACUCUCAAAGAAGGGGAGUAACUCUUGCAUUGAUGUGAAAAUAACCACAGAAAUACCAGAAUGAUCUGCGUUGUCAUGCCAAUAACUCAUGCUGUCUUUUAAUGGAGACACAUUUAUCAUAUAUCAUCCUCCCAUAUUGUCAUGUGAAAAAAGCAUUUUACAAAGAUAAUAUUUUAGAGAGAGUUUUUUUCACAUGGAGAUCAUUCAGUCCCAAUUCAUGCUUUCAUAUUUCAUUUUGGGCAUUUUGAGGAGAAGUAAGACAAUCCAUUUGAUAGUUGGAUUUUAAUAUUUUAAGGAUGGUACCAACAUACAGCGGUUUGGAAUGAAGUCAUUUCUUGAGACAUUCAGUAAACUGUGAAAUUGAAAGACUAUUUGUGGCGGAUGGAGACUGAUGGGACUUAUAUAGCUGGUCGUCAUGGAGUGCUGAGGGACUGCCUGGAGUAGAUGGCUUUACUUGUUUAUUUAUAUUUAUACGACUCCAACACAACUGUGUACAAGAGACAGGACUCUUUAUGGAGUUGUUUCUUCCACUCGACAUUCAGUGUGUUUUGUGUUGUGGCCAGUUACUAAGUUUAUUUAUUUGUGUACCUGACCCCCAUACUUCGGAAGUGGAACAGUCCAACCAUUGUGUGAGUGGAUGGAUGUUGGAGGAUUCCAUUUUGUGUUUCAGGGGGGGGUUAAGGCCGAAAUCAUAUAAAAUGGCAUGGCCCUUGUUUUUGGAUGAUAUCAUCAAAGCAUCAAUGGCAUUGUUACCGAAAUGUCUUCCUUAAAAAUGGAAUGGUUUGUCUCUUAUGGUUUGGGUAGAUGAUUUCAUUACAUGGAAGAGAUCAUUAAUGCAUAACCAUACAGCAGAAGAUUCCAUUCCAUUUAACAGAGGUUAUUCAAGAAAAUGGAACAAUGGAUCUCUCACUGGAAUAUGGGCAGUGGAAAAGUCCAUGACUCUUGUUUUGCCCUGAAAGACCAAACUGUGGAAAUGUGUACCUGGUUGGAAGAUUCCACUGAAUGUAAGGGCGGACAGGCUACCCAGGUGUGGUUUUGUCUGAACUGGGAAUAAUUCAGCUGCAUAUUGAUGCUGUGACUCCUGUUAAUGACUUCCAGAAUGUGACGAUUCAUUACGGAUCGUGUGCGGACAUUUCAUUGUGUGUAGAACUACAUGGAACAGGGUCACCUUUCAACCUGUAUGUACUCGAGUUGGCCCACUGAGCAGGCCCUGAACAUGGAUUGGAGGGAGCAUAGAUCACAUGACAGUCAUGUGAUAACAUCCAGUUGGACACCAUCAAUAUUAGUUACUUGAAAGUCUGUAAGGGUUUGUGAUCUGUUUAAUGAUCUUUCUGUCAUUGCUGGGAGGCAGUUUUCUAUCAGAGAAGUACACAUGUACAAAAAAAAUGGACUUUGCUUUUGACACAGUAAGGAACCUUUUUAGAUGUUAAUGUAAUUAAUGCAUGUAAAAUACCAAACUUUAAAUCAAAAGCUUAUUAAGGAAAAAACAGAUAAAACUUUUAAAGAGAAUUACUUUUGCUAAGGAUAAAAGAUUUUGGACAGGUAGCUGACAAGACAAGACAAUAGUCCUCGGACUCUCCUCAUCCAGGAUGUUAUAGAAAGUGGGAAAUAAGGGCAGACUAUUUUUAAAACUUGGUUUACAAACUUGGUUCUGCUGCUCCAAAAAUUGAAUGGUUGAAAAAAUGGACAGCAAGUGUUUGUUUUUGUCUGCCGACCAGAAGUAAGUGAAAUGUUAAUUUUACCUGAAUUUUGGACCAAAGAUCAAUUUAAAGGUAAGAGAGAGAGUCUGGCCUAUUAUCAAAUAUCACAUUUCUGUAUCCAGUCGAAGGAAGACUUAUUUUCAGAUCAGUAAACACAUAAAAUUAUCCCUGUCUUCCAUCUGUGUCAAGGUGUAGCUAUUUUUUCAGCAACAGUUGGAUUUGUAACAGAAACUGAAGAUAUUCUAUAAAUUCACCCAGCAAAUGUUCCGUGAGGUUUUAUUACUUUGCAUCUUGUUGUGAGGUGAAAUAAGUGAUGCACAUUGUCUAAAGUUUAAGUAUCAAUGCGUUUGUAAUCUAAUGAGUUUAAGUUAAGUCAACCCUCCGUUGCCAAUAUGAUUGUAUCUCUGCUCCCUCGCAAAUAUACCAACAUUCUUCGAUGAAGGAUGGGCUCUCUUAUUAAGUGUGUAACUAGUUGUGAAUGUUGAUGGUUUGUGGGAAAUCUGGGCUCACCGAUUCGUCUCACCCUGUAUCUCACCCCGUACUUCAUUUCGUAUCUCACCUGAAGAAAAUUGUUUACUUAUUCUUAAAAAAAAAAAGAAACAAGAAAAUAUAUUAAUUCAAAAGGUUUUUUAACAAAAUGCAUUACGAAGCAAAUGUACCUCCAGGAUUAUUAUGUAACCAUGGUAUUUGCAGUAAUACUGCUAUAGACAUCAGUAACCAAAGAAGUUACAAAUGUAUCAAGCUAAUUUUUUUUUUCUCAAGUAAUUUACCCAAAUAGCACACCACACCUCGCCAAGUUUCAUUGUAUUAAAAUAUUAGUCCCCAUCUGUUGAAGGUUUAAUUUGUUUUUCUCACGAAGGAAAGUAUUUCAGAUAUGAACAGUUUCAGAUUAGGCGGGCAAGUUUAACAGGGGAGGCAACUCUGUAAGCUCAAUGAAGCAGGUGAUGGACUUUGCUACUUGUAUGGUUGUAUGCAGUAAUUGUAUUAAAAUUUCACGCCAAUACAACAAUGGGCAAUUUGGCCAUGUUUAGACUAAAGUAAUUCGGCAGACAUGUUUUUUGUGAAUGUGGGUGGGGCAUCAUUUUAGCAUUUUAUACUGCUAAUUUUGCAGACUGAGGAUUUCUUUACCUCUUAAAAUAGAGAAAUUGAAUUUUCAAGAUGGGAAGAAAUUUUGGUAUAAUUACUGAAAUCAAUGUGUUAACGUGUAUGUCGAUGGAUCAAUGUUUUUAUUUAAUGUCGAGAAAAAAAACAAAUAUUUUAUGAUAACCAAUUUACAAACAUCAUCAGACUUUUAAAUACAAGUAAAAAACGUUCAUGUGGUUUUUAUGUUUAAACAAGAAUUGACUGGAUUUUGGUAUGUGAUAUGUUUCGUUGCUCAAGUGUAAUGAAAUUAGAAAACUAGUGCUUCAGUAAUGUGCACAGCUGAACAGGAGGUUCAGCAGAAGAGGGGGAAAGUGGCUGGUCAGGGAGGGGUCAAUUACUGAACUGUGAUCAACACCAGAAUUAAAUACUUCAUAUUUCAGAAUACAGUUUCACUUUGGAAUGAGAGAAGUCAAUUUUAACUGGUUUUCAUUCAAUUUAGGUUAAGCAAUCGUUGAAUGUGAUUGCCUCUACUGUUUUAUACUUAAAGUUAAGUAUCAUUGAAAGACUUUAAUGCCGAUUUGAUUACCUUCAAACAUGUCUUGAAGAGGUAGGGUUUUUAAAGAAAUUAACUAUUAAUUCUCUUGAUACACAUUUUAUGAGAAUAAUAGAACCGUUUGAGAAAUCUAAAAAAAUUCAUAACAAUCUAAUUUUUUUAGGAGCAAAGUAUCGUUGGAAACUUUGUGCAAAUAAUGAAAAAAUCAUUUAUAGGUGAAAUGUAACUUGAACUGAAUGGUUACUCAAACAGUAGUUACCUCCCUUUGUGAGCAGCCAUAUUUGAAUCUUCCAUUUCGGCCGGGGCUGCUGAAACAGGUGGUGAUGCAAAUGUUGCUGAAAGGCAGAGUCUUGAUCACCUGGAGACUGCAGGAUUGUUUUGUGGUUGCCAAAGUUCAGCAUUAGUUAUCUUAUCAGUUAAGAAAUAAAUCUACACAAACGUGAUUGGAGUAUGUUUUAGCUCGUAUAUUAUGUUUAGUCUCACUCUAGUUUUACAGCUCUAGAUAAGUGUUAUUGAUGUAUAUAUUUGUAACAUUUAUUACGUAUGACACCCUCGUAUAUUUAAGAUUAUACCUUCUAUAUAUUGUAUGAAUGAGAAAGAUGGACGUUCUGAGAGAGGCCAUGUUCAGGGGAUUUUGCCGUGUAGGCCACAGGAAAAAUAAAACUAAUUUUUUUCAAA